GMAAAGAAAAACCACACUUCUCUUUCUCCAAGAUCUCUUCCCUUCUUCAAAACCCUAGAAACUGCAGAAAUGGGGAGCCGGAACGCCGAGAAACUUAUGAACCAAAUCAUGGAGCUCAAGUUCACGGCCAAGAGCCUCCAACGCCAAGCAAGAAAAUGCGAAAAAGACGAGAAAUCCGAAAAACUCAAAGUCAAGAAGGCAAUUGAAAAGGGAAACAUGGAUGGAGCACGGAUUUACGCUGAAAACGCCAUCCGUAAACGCAAUGAGCAAAUGAAUUACCUCCGAUUAUCCUCUCGCUUGGAUGCUGUUGUCGCCAGGCUCGACACUCAGGCGAAGAUGACCACCAUCAGUAAAUCUAUGUCGGGGAUCGUCAAGUCCUUGGAGUCAACGCUAGCUACAGGGAAUUUACAGAAGAUGUCGGAAACGAUGGAUCAGUUUGAGAAACAGUUUGUGAAUAUGGAGGUGCAGGCUGAGUUUAUGGAGAGUUCAAUGGCUGGCAGUACUUCCCUUUCGACUCCCGAAGGGGAGGUUAAUAGUUUGAUGCACCAAGUGGCAGAUGAUUACGGGCUUGAGGUGUCGGUCGGGUUACCUCAGGCCGCUGGGCAUGCUGUGCCACUGAAGAAUGCGGAAAAGGUUGAUGAGGAUGAUUUAUCCCGGCGUCUUGCGGAGCUUAAAGCUCGUGGGUAAUUAUAAAUGUUAAAUGUUUAUACAUUACCUUCUGAUGGGUCCUAUGCGAGUUAUUUCGUCUGCAAUCAUGGCGAUUUUGUAAAUUAGAAUAUGGAAGAUGAGUUUAUGUCACAUUACAUGAUUUCUUGAGUAUGAUCAUUGUAUGUCAUUUUCGGAUUGUAAUGUUAAAUCCUUAUGAUUAUGUUCUGUAAGUUUUGAAUUGACGUAGCUGAAGGUAAUGGUUUUUUACAAUGUAUUGGAACUCGUAUUAUGACUGGUAAUUAUUCAUAUGGUCCCUUCUGCUA